GUUUAGUGCGUAGAAAUUCAGUCAAGAGCAGCAGUCGGUGUCAAAUGUAUGGUCGCGCUAUAAUUUACCUUCCCCUGUCGUGUAACCGUUGAUUAGGCUACACGCUCCAGAAUUACGCUUUUUCAGCGGCGCUCAACGAUACUUAGAGAGAGAGAGGCAGAGACAGAGAGAUAGAAGGAGACGGGACGUCGUCUGGGAAUUAUCCCUGUGUGUUUCCCCGGUCCUCUCGCAGGUUCACUGAUGUUGCUUUAUUUGGAAGUCCCGGAAGCGUUUGCUGCCCUGCUCAGUUGAAUGACAAGAAGACUUGGGGAAGGGACGCGCAGGGACCAGCUCGUUUGAGGACGUCUGGGAACAAGAAACAGAAAUACAACACUGCCGUAAUAACAUUGAAGAGAACACAGACGCCUCAUAUAGCCCAAAUAUCAGAUGGCAGUCUUGAACCCAGUUACAUGCUUGGCCUGAAGGUCUGUGUCAAUCUACUGUAAACUAUCUGAAGAGAGGCAUCACUGUAAGAGCAUCUGAAAGAAAACCAAGAGGAGACACUCUAAAGCAUCCAAACACUUUUGGAUAAAGUUGGGAAUAAACGCAGAAGCAUGGAAACGCUCGUAGACCGCCUGGAACAGGCUGUGAUUCGCUUGGAGGAGGUGUCUGUCAAGUUACAGGACCGAGGCAUGGCCAAUGGAGACAUGGUGAAUGGAAUAAAUGGAGUCUUGUCGGAGUGGAUGGAGGCGUUUGAUGUGCUCCUGAAGGGACCAGUGGCUGAGUAUCUGAAGCACAGUCGAGCCAUCGGGGACGAUGUCGCCAAACAUGCCGAGAUGGUAAACAGUGCUCUGCAAGUGGAGAGAGCCUUCCUCAAGAUGGCCAGCACACACCAGGAGCCAGCUCAGCAGACGGAGCUAGCUGACCUGUUGCGGCCGCUCUCUGAGAAGAUUCAGGAGGUGCAGAGCUUCCGAGAGAAGCACCGCGGCAGCAACUUCUUCAAUCAUCUGUCAGCCAUCAGCGAGAGCAUCCCGGCCCUGGGUUGGGUGGCCAUAGGUCAAAAGCCAGGCCCCUAUGUGAAAGAGAUGAAUGAUGCAGCCAUGUUCUACACCAACAGAGUCCUGAAGGAUUACAAAGACUCUGAUGCACGUCAUGUGGACUGGGUGCACUCUUAUCUUAGCAUCUGGACUGAAAUGCAGGAGUUCAUCAAACUGUACCAUGCCACUGGCCUUGCCUGGAGUACAACUGGUCCCAUCGCCCCGGCCUCCCUGUCCGGCCCUGCUCCUGUAGGUCCUUGUCCCCCGCCUCCUCCACCACCCCCCGGCCCUCCGCCAGUCUUCACCGAUGAGGAGGGACCCAAGCAGGGUGGCCGCUCUGCCCAGAGGUCAGCCCUGUUCGCCCAGCUCAACCAGGGAGCGGACAUUACUAAAGUUCUGAAGCACGUGUCUGAUGAGCAGAAGACCCAUAAGAACCCAGGACUGCGGUCUCAGGGUGGACCACAGCAGGGGCAGCAGCAGCAGCAGGCCUCGCCCGCUAAAUCCAAAAACCAGAGGAAGAAACAGAACAAGAAGCACCCCCCUGUGCUGGAGCUGGAGGGGAAGAAGUGGAGAGUGGAGUACCAGGAGCAGGCCCAUGAUCUGGUGAUAGCGGAGACAGAGCUGAAGCAGGUAGUUUAUAUCUUCAGCUGUAACAACUCGACAAUUCAGAUCAAAGGCAAGGUCAACUCCAUCAUCACAGAUAACUGUAAGAAACUGGGCCUAGUGUUUGACAAUGCUGUGGGAAUCGUUGAAAUAAUCAACUCCAAAGACAUUAAGAUUCAGGUGAUGGGGAAAGUACCCACCAUCUCCAUCAACAAGACAGAAGGCUGCCACGUGUACCUGAGCCAAGAGGCACUGGACUGUGAGAUCGUCAGUGCCAAGAGCUCUGAGAUGAACAUCCUUAUACCACAGGGCGAUGAUUAUAGAGAGUUCCCAGUCCCAGAGCAGUUUAAGACCGUCUGGGACGGCUCCAAGCUGGUGACGGAGGCCACAGAGAUGGCUGGCUGAUCUGAUGACUCUUCUCCCCACUCCUGGUCCGCAUCUCUACAAUCAUCUCCUGUCCUCCUCCCUACUCCCCUUCUCUCCCAACUCACUGCACUUUUAAUAGUAAACUCCGUCCAAGAUCAGACCGACUGUGGUAAAAAAAGGGAUUACAACACACAGACACCACUGCUUUAGAUAGGUAUUGGGUUGGAAAUUGAUCUAGGGUUUUACUGCCAAAUGAAAUUGUUUGAAAAGGGACAUUUGGAGGUAAAAUGUCCUCUUCAGAUCCAGCCCGUACAUAGCAAUUGAUAUAUUCCCUAUAGGCACUUUCAAUGCGUAGUUUGAGUAUUAUGAAAGGUUGUUCACAACCAGUUUCAGAUUCAAUUGGUCCACUGUUCUACAUUUUCGCCCCGUUUUUUAAAAAACAAUUGAUUCUCAGACAUUUUUUAUACAUCAUUUGAUUGUGUGGAUUUUUGUGUGCAUUUUUUUUAUUUUACAAGUAGUUCUCAUAAUGUUUCGAUUCAAGAUUCAACCACAAAAGUUGCUGAGUGAUGAUCACUGAGAGAAAUCUUUUGUGCCAAGGAUGAUACAGCAUUGAAGAGUAUCUGUUUUUUUAAGCAAGAAGUAGGGGUUAUCAAUUUUCAGUGGCAGAUAGUUUUAUCUCGACAAAUGUAAUGUUUUCAUUGAGGUGUACCAUCACUGACAAUUUAUUUGGAAAAUGUUAUAACUGUCAAGUCACUGGUUCUAUAUAGCAGACCAAUUCUGAGGGGUAAGUUAUGAAGUUGGCUCAACAAGUUAGCUGGCUAACUUUUGUGGUGUAUUCCGGUAAGCAGAAUUGACAAGUGAUGGGCUCCAUACAAAUCUGGACAAUGUAUGAGAAAUCCAAUGCCUAAAUCGUACUUAUGAAAAAGCUGGAUAUGUGGUCUAGAUAGGCACAGAAAAAAAGUCUAAUUUGAUUUUGUUUAAUGACAGGAUCAUACCGGUUGGAUAUGUUGUGAAAUGUGUUGAAAAGGAAAGCAGCAAUUCACUAUAAUGCCACUAUGAUCACAAGUUCCCUGGUGUGUUGUGUCUGUCUGUUGAUUAAAAUGAAAAAAAAAAAAAACUUAAAUGACUUCACAUACACACUGUACGCUUGUUGUCUAUUUUCACAUACACACUGUACGCUUGUUGUCUAUUGGAAACGUUACUCUAAACACCUUAAAGCCUGGCUAGAAGUUGAUCUUCACUGGUAAAACCCAUGCCUUAAUAAGUGUGUGUGUGCACACAGUAGUACUUCAAUGUACAGAAAUGCUUUAUUUCCAUAUAUCAUAUUUUUGGUAAUCUGAAACAUGACUGGAUAUAGCCAGAUAUUGACAUGUUAGAUCCAAAUGAGUUAUCUACAAACAACUGUAAAAUGUUUAACCCCUAUUUUUCAAAAUAAAAAAGUGUCAUAAGA